AUGAAGAUCAUGGUUUGCGUCAAGUAUUGGGAGAAGGUCACGGAUCUUGAGCUGCCGAGUAUCCCCAUCAUCCUCAUCACCUACGUGCACACUUCAGAAAACAUCCACCCGUCGGCUCUGUCCUCUGAGAUCAAGCGUCUCUACUGGACUGGAAAUAGAGAACCACACAGGCCAAUAAUAAUCAAGAUGGAUCUUUCCGCACCAGUUGAUAGAGACUAUACCAAGGCACUGCCCAAAGUUGAGCUGCAUGCCCAUCUUAGCGGCAGUAUCAGUCGGCAAUGUCUUCACGAAAUAUGGAAGCGCAAAAAGACCAAAAACCCGAACUUAACAGUUGAGGAUCCUCUAAUACUCAUGCCUGUAGGCAAGGUCGACUACACGCUCCAAACAGGAAACACAACCCCCGCGGAAGCGAUGCAAAUCAUAGACUUAGCUAUCGCAAACAAGGUGCGCGGGGUUGUCGGCAUUGACAUCUGCGGAAAUCCUAAUCAGGGUAAUGUCUCAAUCUACCGAGAUGCAUUCGCCCGUGCAAAGGCCCAUAAGCUUGGUCUUACGCUGCACUUUGCCGAGACACCAGCCUCGGGAGCGCCGAGCGAGCUGACCACACUGCUUUCAUUCCAACCUGACCGGCUCGGACACGUCAUUCAUGUACCUGACGAUUUCAAGGCUGAGAUCUCAAAACGGGGGUUUGGGGACCACCAUUUCGGGUACUGGAGACAUCAGGAUGUUCCAAUUGCACUAUGUACUGAUGAUGUGGGUUUCUUCUGUAGCCCUGUUUCGAACGAAUAUCUUCUUGCUGCUGAGCAUUUUGGUCUUGAUCGGACUGGGCUGCUGAAUUUGUGUCGGAAGUCAGUGGAUAUUAUAUUCGGUGGAGAGCAGGAGAAGAAGAGACUGCUUGAGAUUCUUGAUACCUUUAAUGAGGUCAAAUAG